AUGGGGCCACUUGUGAUGGAGCCACUUGUGAUGGGGGCACUUGUGAUGGGGCCACUUGUGAUGGGGGCCUCUUGUGAUGGGGCCACUUGUGAUGGGGCCACUUGUGAUGGGGCCACUUGUGAUGGGGCCACUUGUGAUGGGGCCACUUGUGAUGGGGCCAAUUGUGAUGGGGCCACUUGUGAUGGGGCCACUUGUGAUGGGGCCACUUGCGAUGGGGGCACUUGUGAUGGGGGCACUUGUGAUGGGGGCACUUGUGAUGGGGCCACUUGUGAUGGGGCCACUUGUGAUGCGGCCACUUGUGAUGGGGCCACUUGUGAUGGGGCCACUUGUGAUGGGGGCACUUGUGAUGGGGCCACUUGUGAUGGGGGCACUUGUGGUGGGGCCACUUGUGAUGGGGGCACUUGUGAUGAGGCCACUUGUGAUGGGGCCUCUUGUGAUGGGGCCACUUGUGAUGGGGCCACUUGUGAUGGGGCCACUUGUGAUGGGGCCACUUGUGAUGCGGCCACUUGUGAUGGGGCCACUUGUGAUGGAGCCACUUGUGAUGGGGCCACUUGUGAUGGGGCCACUUGUGAUGGGGCCACUUGUGAUGGGGCCACUUGUGAUGGGGGCACUUGUGAUGGGGGCACUUGUGAUGGGGCCACUUGUGAUGGGGCCACUUGUGAUGGGGCCACUUGCGAUGGGGGCACUUGUGAUGGGGGCACUUGUGAUGGGGCCACUUGUGAUGGGGCCACUUGUGAUGCGGCCACUUGUGAUGGGGCCACAUGUGAUGCGGCCACUUGUGAUGGGGCCACUUGUGAUGGGGCCACUUGUGAUGGGGGCACUUGUGAUGGGGCCACUUGUGAUGGGGGCACUUGUGAUGGGGCCACUUGUGAUGGGGGCACUUGUGAUGGGGCCACUUGUGAUGGGGCCACUUGUGAUGGGGCCACUUGUGAUGGGGCCACUUGCGAUGGGGGCACUUGUGAUGGGGGCACUUGUGAUGGGGCCACUUGUGAUGGGGCCACUUGUGAUGCGGCCACUUGUGAUGGGGCCACAUGUGAUGCGGCCACUUGUGAUGGGGCCACUUGUGAUGGGGCCACUUGUGAUGGGGGCACUUGUGAUGGGGCCACUUGUGAUGGGGGCACUUGUGAUGGGGCCACUUGUGAUGGGGGCACUUGUGAUGGGGCCACUUGUGAUGGGGGCACUUGUGAUGGGGCCACUUGUGAUGGGGGCACUUGUGAUGGGGCCACUUGUGAUGGGGCCUCUUGUGAUGGGGCCACUUGUGAUGGGGCCACUUGUGAUGGGGCCACUUGUGAUGGGGCCACUUGUGAUGCGGCCACUUGUGAUGGGGCCACUUGUGAUGGAGCCACUUGUGAUGGGGCCACUUGUGAUGGGGCCACUUGUGAUGGGGCCACUUGUGAUGGGGCCACUUGUGAUGGGGGCACUUGUGAUGGGGGCACUUGUGAUGGGGGCACUUGUGAUGGGGCCACUUAUGGGGGCACUUGUGAUGGGGCCACUUGUGAUGCGGCCACUUGUGAUGGGGGCACUUGUGAUGGGGGCACUUGUGAUGGGGGCACUUGUGAUGGGGCCACUUGUGAUGGGGGCACUUGUGAUGGGGCCACUUGUGAUGGGGGCACUUGUGAUGGGGCCACUUGUGAUGGGGGCACUUGUGAUGGGGCCACUUGUGAUGGGGCCACUUGUGAUGGGGCCACUUGUGAUGGGGCCACUUGUGAUGGGGGCACUUGUGAUGGGGGCACUUGUGAUGGGUGCACUUGUGAUGGGGCCACUUGUGAUGCGGCCACUUGUGAUGGGGCGAAUUGUGAUGGGGCCACUUGUGAUGGGGGCACUUGUGAUGGGGCCACUUGUGAUGGGGGCACUUGUGAUGGGGCCACUUGUGAUGGGGGCCUCUUGUGA